CCUUGGUGAAGCAGGACAGCAAGCAGGUCCAGGUGAACCUCCAGGACCUGGGCUAUGAGACUUGUGGCUGAAGCGAGAAUCAGGCUGAACAGGAGGAAACCACCAGUCCUGAGUGUGAGGAGCACAACAGCCUCAAGGAAGUGAUCCUGAUGGAGGGGCUGUGCUCUGAGCAGGGGUGCCGGGGCUGGCUAGUUCGUCUGAGAGGAAGCCCUUGGAGAACCAGCUAGGGAAGCAGGAAGAGUUCCGGGUAUAUGGAAAGUCAGAAAACAUCUCGGUCCUAUGAAAGGACAUCAAAGAUCUGAAGGCCCAGCUGCAGAAUGCCAACAAGGUCAUUCAGAACCUCAAGAGCCAGCAUUGCAGUGUCGAGAUGGCUAUGAACCCUGUGUAAAUGAAGGAAUGUGUGUUACCUACCACAAUGGCACAGGAUACUGCAAAUGUCCAGAAGGCUUCUUGGGGGAAUAUUGUCAACAUCGAAACCCCUGUGAGAAGAACCGCUGCCAGAAUGGUGGGACUUGUGUGGCCCAGGCCAUGCUGGGGAAAGCCACGUGCCGAUGUGCCUCAGGGUUUACAGGAGAGGACUGCCAGUACUCGACAUCUCAUCCAUGCUUUGUGUCUCGACCCUGCCUGAAUGGCGGCACAUGCCAUAUGCUCAGCCGGGAUACCUAUGAGUGCACCUGUCAAGUCGGGUUUACAGGUAAGGAGUGCCAAUGGACUGAUGCCUGCCUGUCUCAUCCCUGUGCAAAUGGAAGUACCUGUACCACUGUGGCCAACCAGUUCUCCUGCAAAUGCCUCACAGGCUUCACAGGGCAGAAGUGUGAGACUGAUGUCAAUGAGUGUGACAUUCCAGGACACUGCCAGCAUGGUGGCACCUGCCUCAACCUGCCUGGUUCCUACCAGUGCCAGUGCCCUCAGGGCUUCACAGGCCAGUACUGUGACAGCCUGUAUGUGCCCUGUGCACCCUCGCCUUGUGUCAAUGGAGGCACCUGUGGGCAGACUGGUGACUUCACUUUUGAGUGCAGCUGCCUUCCAGAAAUGAGAUAUAGGGGAGAGAAACACAUACUUGGAAAGAAUUGACCCAGCUGAAUUGGAAAAUGUGGGAAGGGGAUGGGGAAGAGGCUGCUCCACCUGAGAUCUGGCUCCAGGACUUACAGCAAGGGGAACUUGGGCAAGUUACAGACUCUCUAUGCCUCAGUUUAUCAGCAAAACAGAAUCAUCCCAUAAACUGUAAGGUCGAUGGUAUCAGCGGGUCCCCAAACUGACUGCACAUCUGAGUCAUGUUAACAAACACAUUCCAGGCCCCACCUGAGCCCUCUGAAUCAGAAUCCCUGUAAGGAGGACGAUGAACUUGAAUUUGCACUGACUUUCCCAGCUGUUUCUUACUCUGAUCAACUUGGGGGUAGGACCCAUUGUGCUGCAUCACAUCAUUCCAAAGCCAAAACACAACAGCAAGACAAGAAUAUUUUCAAGGCAGUCUCUAAAGCAGAGGAGAAACUGUUGAGGGAACCUAGAAGUAAAGGAGAUCUGGCUUGCUGGGCUCCAUUAGAACUUUGAGUACAACAGAGACAUGAGCCCUUUGGGACACAUGCCUGAGGUAGUGACAGUCCAACUUUGGAAGAGUGGAAGCCCUAGUUUCAAAUUCAAGCAUGCUUUGAGUAGAAAUUAAGUUUACCUCUUUUUGCACAGCAACAUGGCCAAUCUUUCCUAAGCUGCUCAGCUUACAAGAAAA